AUGCUGGGUUGGAUGAAGUUGCAAGAUGGCUCACAGACCAUGCCAAUCCUGGGCUCAUCAACGUCCAGGAUAAACAUGGUCGAACGGCGUGGUACUGUGCCACGAGGGUGCGGCUCAACAACACAAUCAUACUACCACACGCUGGCUGUGGUUCUUGGUUGGUUUCUCGCAUGA